CAUGGGUAAGUGACUCAGCAGAGCCGUCCUCCUCUUAACCUGCCUUAAGUGUUUCUACUCUCAGAGGAUUCAGUUUUGUGUGAAAGGAGAGAGGCAACCCCUCUCAGCCAUGGCUCACUGGACUCCUUCGCUUCUCGGUGCUCUCAUCUUUUGGACCACAGCUUUUCCCUGUGUUGCAUUUCCAACAGGAGCCCCAGCAUCAGCCUGCAAGACAAUGAAGCCUAUUCACAUGGGCGUCCACUCCCAGCCACAUCCUGCCCCCUAUGAGUUGCUGGUGUGGGCACACUCCUUCACCAACGGAUGGCCGAUUACUGUGCAGGUUUUGGGGCCGGAGUACCGAGGCCUGCUGUUGGAGGCUCGCAUGUUUGGCUCCACUGCUGCACUUGGCACUUGGCAGAGCCCCCCUAAUAAUACCCGGUUCUUACAGUGCUCUGGGAACCCACAAGGAGCAGUCACUCAUUCUAACAUGGAAUUAAAAACAAGCCUGGCCACAUACACUUGGCUGCCCCUGAGCUCAGGCUGCCCUCCAUUCAUUGCAUUCAUAGCAACUGUGGCACACUCUCGUGAAACCUAUUGGCUCAAUAUCAAAUCCAAAAUACUAUGGAGAGAUCCUACAGCAACAUGUGGCACUGAGAAGUUUACAUGGACAGCUACCACUGUGAUAGGCUUACUUUUCCACCUGCUGCUUUUGCUUAGCUGCAUUUAGUAACCCGUGAAAAUUAAGAGUAUAUCUACAACAGCUAAGGACUGUCACUGUUAUUGGUAGCUAAUUUUAAUUGUAUCUAUAAUAAAUACAACUUUUAAGGCCUCAGCUACAUGUAAAAGUUGUACCACAGCUCUAUUAUAGAAUCUCCUGCUGUGGACUUGUUUAACUUUCUCCAUGUUCACCCUAGGAACAGCAUAGUGCUAUGUGAAAGAAUGUUAUAUCAGCAUAACUGCAUCCACACUAGGUGCUGUACCAGUAUAACUGUGUUGGUUAAACCCACCACCAAAAUAAUUAUAACAAUAAAUAACCAGCGUGUAAACUAGAUCUACGAUUAAGGUGGAGUGGUAAAAAGCCCUAGUGAAAUUUCCAAGCAUCCAGGAAUCAGGCUUGCUAAGAAAUAAAAUCAAUAGAGUGAUUUUUAACUUCAUUCUAACCGAGAAUAAUAAAUGUUACAAGAUCACCACUUUCUGUCUGUGAGCAGAAUGUGUGUGUCUGAGCAGAUGAAUGCUAAG